AUGAUAGAUUAGUAAACAAUAACACUUGAUUAAAUAUAUGGAUGCCAUUUCAAAAAGGUGCCAUUUCUCUAUGGGGAAAUGGAAGGAACAAAUCCUGUCCCAAUUAAUGAAUUGGAUGAAGAUUUGGAUUCUGAUAAAUAAUAACAAAACUAACAUAAAAUAAUCUCCCCACUCUAAUUAAAGAGCUAAUUAAAGCCUCUGAUUUAAACUAGAAAAAGAAGGCAAACUGUUCAUAAGUCACCUGCAAAUAAAUCUCAAUUUGAAAACCAUAUUGGGUUUCGCAAUUCAUUUUAUAAAAGCAAUAAUAAAGUGAAUCUGGCAUCAAGAUAGCGGGUUGAGGAAUUGAAGAAUUAAGAGAUUUUGAUGUUUACAAAAUAUGUGCAAAGAUUCUAAUUGUAAAAGCAAGCACUUUGGAAUUGA